AACAAAUAAAGGGGGAAAAAGAAUCGAGCUCUUCCGUGGUUGCGAGUUAACACCUCAUCUGGAACACAUUUGGCUCUAGUCCCGGCAGAUUUUACCUUCUGCAUCCAAAAGAAAUCAAAACCCUUCUUUAUAGCAACCAAUUCUUUGCAUCACCAUCACUUUGUUGCAACCAUUAGUAAGAAUUUUCUGUCAAUCCGUUCAAAUGUUUCCCAAUCUUUAGUCAAUUCAUGUGAUGUUCUUUAUCCGGUGCUUUUUCUGGCCACCAUCUGUUCAUGGGUUUCUUUUCUUGCACCAUGCUCUCUUGUUCCAAUUCAAUUUCCCCAUACACCCAUGAAAUCACAAGAACCCAUUGCUUCCCUUUCUCGAAAAACUGGUCGUCUCAAAUACCCAAAAGUCUUGUCUCUCAAAAGCUCCAUUUUUGGCCCCCAUUGGUCUCCGCAAGCGCAGAGAAGACCGGGAAAGUUGAAAUUGGAGAAGAAGAAAAAUCCAAGUUUAAGUGGGUAGAGAUAGGCCCUGAGAUUACGGGAGCCCAAAAAAUUGCCAUUUCUCAACUCCCACCAAAGAUGAGCAAACGGUGCAAGGCCCUCAUGAAGCAGUUAAUUUGCUUCUCUCCUGAGAAGACCAGCAUUUCUCAGUUGUUGGCUUCCUGGGUGAAGAUUAUGAAGCCCAGUAGAGCUGAUUGGCUCGCUGUUAUCAAGGAAUUGGCAAAGAUGGAUCAUCCAAUGUACUUUGAGGUUGCAGAACUUUCCCUCCUAGAAGAAUCAUUUGAAGCCAAUGUUCGUGAUUAUACAAAGAUAAUUCAUGGCUAUGCAAAGCAAAACAGGCUGCAAGAUGCUGAAAAUAUCCUAUUGGCCAUGAAGGGAAGGGGCUUCCUUUGUGAUCAGGUUACCCUGACUGCUUUAAUUCACAUGUAUAGCAAGGCUGGCAAUCUUAAAUUGGCUGAAGAUACAUUUGAUGAGAUGAAGCUGCUUGGUGUGCCGCUAGAUAAGAGAUCAUACGGGUCAAUGAUCAUGGCCUAUAUUCGAGCAGGGAUGCUUGACCGGGGAGAGAAUUUGCUAAAAGAAAUGGAAUCCCAACAGAUCCCUGCUGGAAGAGAAGUUUAUAAAGCACUGUUGAGGGCAUAUUCCAUGAUUGGUGAUAGUGAAGGAGCUCAAAGGGUAUUUGAUGCAAUUCAAUUCGCUGGCGUUAGUCCUGACAUCAAGUUGUGUGGUCUCCUCAUAAAUGCGUAUGUGGUGGCAGGUCAAAGUCUGAAGGCUUCUAUGGCAUUUGAAAAUCUGAGACGGGCUGGUCUUGAACCCAAUGAUAAAUGUCUGUGUCUGAUGUUGUCUGCUUACGAAAAGGAGAACAAGCUUAGCAAAGCACUGGAUUUUCUGAUAAAUUUGGAGAGCGAUGGUAUCAUGCUCGGGAAAGAAUCUUCACAAGUACUAGUUGGGUGGUUCCGAAGGUUAGGAGUGGUGGAAGAAAUCGAGCUUGUGUUGAAAGAAUAUGCCUUAAAGCAAGUCAAAUGCAAGGAACCUGCUCUCUAGUUCUGCUUGAAGCUCUGUUCUCUGUUGUCUGCUCAAGAAACAUAUGUUUCCGUAACUUGCGCCCUUUUUGUUAGAGGCAUCUAUCCAGCAAUGAACGUUUGUUGUUGCUUGCAACCUGCGAAGCUUGUUGAAGAGUUUGUUAUACUCCUGCCUAGAACUGGAAAUCGUGCUGUUUCCUAAUGGGAUAUAUGCUGCUACCAGUACAAUGAAACUGACUUUUACUUGAAUGAUGGUGCCCAACCAAAGAAGAUGGAGAACAAUUUGUAGAUAUGAUCGGAACUGUUGUACUGAUUAAUGUGGAGAUUCCAAUUAUGGUACUCGAUUUUAGCUUCGAGGCCAGCUUUGUGCCUGUGAUUGAUGAAAAUUUUGAUUGCACUUCUUCUU